AUGGAGAACCAAACUGUGGACCCUGACAUCAUAACGAUUGAGGGGUUAAAGGUCACCCCUGAGUCCUCCGUCCCGGCCUUCACCCUCCUCCUCCUCAUCUACAUCUUCAUCAUGGUGUCCAACAUCUCUUUGGUGCUUCUGAUCUGCACGGAGCGCAGCCUGCACCAGCCCAUGUACCUGCUGUUCUGCAACAUGAGCAUCAACGAUGUGUUCGGGGCCACCAUCAUCAUCCCGCCGCUGCUGAGCGAUGUCUUCACUCCGAUCACGGAGCGCUCCAUCAACUACAUCGACUGCGUCGUCCAAGCCUUCGCCUCCCACUUCCACGCGGGCGUCUCCCACACCGUGCUCAUGAUCAUGGCGUUCGAUCGCUACGUGGCCAUCUGCAACCCGCUGCGCUACGCCGCCAUCAUGAGCCUCAGCACGGUGGUGAAGCUGUCGGUGUGGGCGUGGCUGGCGGCCUUCGCCUCCGUCGCUAUCCUGAUGGGGCUGACCAUCCGCCUGUCUCGCUGCCGGCGGGUGAUCAUCAACCCGUUCUGUGACAACGCCUCCCUGUUGAAGCUGUCCUGCGAGAGCCUGCUCUUCAACCACAUAUACGGACUGGGCAGCGCCGUGGUCAUCCUGGGCUCGUCGCUGUGCAGCGUCACGCUCACCUACCUGAGGAUCGCCGUGGUGUGCCUGACGGGGAAUAACCAGACGCUGAACAGCAAGGCGCUGCAGACCUGCGUCACGCACCUGGCCGUGUACGUCAUCAUGCUGACCAUGUCCUUCACGCCCAUGAUCACCCACCGGCGGCCGGAGUGGGCGGACAGCGGGAAGGUGGCGUCCCUCCUGUUCUUCGUCAUCUCCCCCGUUAUGAACCCGGUCAUCUACGGGCUGCAGUGCAAAGAGCUCCGGCUGAGGAUCUUCGGCGUGUUCCACAGGAACAGAGUGAAGGAUGUGAAGAGCUUUCAUUAA